AUUGAGAGAGAGAACAGAGAACAUUAAAAAGAACAGAGGCUGUUUAAUUGAACCCUGAAAUCAUCAAAAACCUAAUUUUGUCUUGCUCAUCCUUCAUUCUUUUUCAAUUAAACCCAUUUAUUCAAGCUAUACAUUAACUAUGGGACAAAAGCGAGGCCCAACGGGAGAUGUUAUUCAUGAAAGACGGCGACGAGAUGAUGGACCCAUCCAUGACGUAGGAGUACCAGAGGAUCAAGAUAUUGACGAGGAUUUUUCUGAGAAACUUGUUGUCCCCAAACAUGCUACUAUGGACGCUGUGGCCCAAUCACACAGCUUUCAAAGAGACAGUGUCUCCUAUAUAUUUGGAGACCAUGAUUACACCUGGCUCCCACUUAAGCAAGACCAUGAAUCACGGCCAUUAUGGAUUACUGAGGACGGACAUAUUAUCUUGGAAGGGUUUUCACCCAUUGCUGAAAAGGCUAUUGAUUUUCUUAUUACAAUUGGUGAACCGGUCAGCAGGCCCUCUCAUAUCCAUGAGUACAAGUUAACUCCGUAUUCACUUUAUGCUGCGGUAUCUGUCGGACUAGAGACCGAAGACAUCAUCGAGGUUUUGAGUCGUCUUUCCAAAGUACCCGUUCCUGAGAGUAUAUUGGGUCUGAUUCGGGACUGUACACUAUCCUAUGGCAAAGUCAAGUUGGUCUUGAAGCACAACCGAUACUUCGUGGAAUCUUCGCACCCUGAGAUGUUACAAAAAUUGCUUCGAGAUCCUAUUAUUAAAGAGGCACGACUAAUAGGAGAAGAAGAAACCAAUCAGAAUGGUGCAUUGAUCACUGGGAAGGCACCGAACGCGAAGGAUUUGUUAAUCCCAGGCGUAAAGAAAGAUAUCCCAGAUCCUAAUAAAGUAGCGGCUGGAGCGUCAGCAGCAGCUGGGGCCACAGCAGGACAAGAUGGAGAUGAAAUCUUUGCAGUUGUUGGGUUGGAUAAGGAUGAUGAUGAUGUUGAAAGUGAUGACGUUCACUCAUUCGAAAUCAGUUCCUCAUCAGUUGAAACUGUGAAGAAGAGGUGUAAUGAACUUGACUAUCCCAUGCUAGAAGAAUACGAUUUCAGGAAUGACACUUUGAAUCCUGAUCUUGAGAUUGAUCUUAAGCCUAUUACUGUCAUUCGUCCCUAUCAAGAAAAAUCGCUUAGUAAGAUGUUUGGCAACGGUCGUGCUCGAUCAGGCAUUAUUGUGUUACCUUGUGGAGCAGGAAAAACCCUUGUUGGUAUCACAGCGGCUUGCACGGUCAAAAAGAGCACUUUGGUGCUAUGUACGUCAUCCGUAUCAGUCCUACAAUGGAGGCAGCAGUUCUUGCUGUGGUCCAACAUCAAACCUCAUCAAAUCGCCGUGUUCACGUCAGAUCAAAAAGAAAAAUUUCUGGGUGCUGCUGGUAUUGUUAUAUCAACAUAUAGCAUGGUUGCCAAUACCCGUAACCGCUCACAUGAUUCGCAAAAGAUGAUGAAUUUUUUAAAGAGUCGAGAGUGGGGAUUUCUGUUGUUGGACGAGGUACAUGUCGUUCCCGCAAACAUGUUCCGCAAGGUCCUGACAACGAUUGCUGCUCAUGCCAAGCUGGGCCUUACCGCAACUCUUGUUCGAGAAGACGAGAAAAUCGACGAUCUUAACUUCUUGAUCGGCCCCAAGUUGUACGAGGCUAACUGGAUGGAUUUAGCCUCAAAAGGACAUAUUGCCAAUGUGCAAUGUGCAGAAGUCUGGUGUCCGAUGACUCCAGCCUUCUACCGAGAAUAUCUGCGUGAAAAUUCUAGGAAAAGAACACUGUUGUAUGUUAUGAAUCCCAAUAAGUUUCAAGCGUGCCAAUAUCUAAUUAGAUACCAUGAAGAGCGUGGUGACAAGAUUAUUGUCUUCUCAGACAAUGUAUAUGCAUUGGUAGCAUACGCACAGAAACUGAUGAAGCCAUUCAUCUAUGGUGAAACCAGUCAACAGGAACGUGUCCGCAUCUUACAGAAUUUUCAACAUAACCCCAAGAUUAAUACGAUCUUUUUGUCCAAAGUUGGAGACACAUCGAUUGAUCUACCAGAAGCUACGUGUCUGAUUCAGGUGUCGUCUCAUUAUGGCUCACGUCGUCAAGAGGCGCAGCGUUUAGGGCGAAUUUUAAGAGCCAAGCGUAGGAACGACGAAGGUUUCAAUGCAUUCUUUUAUUCGUUGGUGUCGAAGGAUACGCAAGAAAUGUACUAUUCAACCAAGCGUCAACAGUUCUUGAUUGACCAAGGCUAUGCAUUUAAAGUGAUUACGAAUCUGGAUGGUAUGGAUCAAGAACAAGAUCUUGUCUAUUCUACACCUGCAGAACAACUGAGUCUGCUCCAGUCAGUGUUGCUGGCCCAGGAGAGUGAAGCGGACUUGAAUGAUGAUGUAGAGCCAGAUGCGGAUGAUCUAACGGGAAACACAAGCCGACGCAGCGGUGCAGUUGCUGGUGGUUCUAACGGGGCGAAGCGCACAGUAGGAGGGCUCAAGAGCUUAAGUGGAGGAGAUCAGAUGGCAUAUAUUGAAUAUAACAAGGCGGUCAAUUUGAAGGAUAAGGACAAGAACAAAGCUGAACACCACCCAUUAUUCAAGAAGCAUCGCAACAAGAAGUAA